AUGCCACGUAUUCGAACACAUAGUUCAACUCCUGAAACUCGAAGACGUGAACUUCUUCUAUUAAAAUCUUCAUCAAUUGAUGGACGAAUUAAAUUAGCGUUUGAUGAAGCAAAAGUCGUCGUACGAAAUAGUAUUGAAUAUGAUAAUAAACAUCGUUUAUCAUAUGCCGAACAAUUUACACAAUAUGAUACAUUUGAAUUAUAUAAUUCAAUUGAAUGUACAACUAUAUUACCACCUAUUCAUCGUGCUACUAUUGCAUUAUUAUUCAAUGAAGUUAAUGAUAUUGAAAAUCAUCCACGUAUUUCAACAACAAUGGAAGAAUUUAUGAGAGAACAUAAACAAUUAUUAUCAACAUCAUCAAUUUAUCAUGUUGAAUUAGCAGCAAGUGAUGAUGAUGAUGAUGAUGAUAAUAAUAGAGAAAAUCGUUUACGAUUUGUAACUUGUUUUACACUUGAACCAAAGUAUACAUUCAUUGAUCAAGGUCGUCGUCGUCGUACAAGUUCAUUACCAAGUUCACCCAUUAUUUUCGAUCUUUCAAAAUCAAUAAAAACUGAUCCGCGUCGAAGUUCAAGUCUAGUUAAUUUAUCAUUAUGGCAAAAUAAUCCACAAAAAAUUAUAAAUCUUUGUAAUCGUCAAUAUCAUUGUCAACCGAUAUCAAAAUUAAAUCAAAAUAAAUUUCUUCUAUCAAAUUCAACACAUAUCGAUAUUUAUAAUAUUGAAACAGGUUUAUGUGAAGAAAAAUUAUGUUUUGAAUCAAAAACUAUCAAUUAUAUUGCAAUGUGUUAUAAUCAAUCUAAAAAUGAAUUACUUGUUGGAUCAACAACACAUUUAUAUAUUUAUAAUCUUAAAGAAUGUAAAGUUACUCAUGAAAUACAUUUGCCUGGUUUUCCAUUUAGUCUUGAUUAUAAUAAACAAAUACGUUAUCUUGCAUGUAAUUCAUUAUCAAUUUAUCAUGGAUAUUUUUCCUAUACAUCAACAUAUACAUCAACAGUUUUAUCACGUUUAUCACAAUUUGAAUUAAAACAUAUUUGUGAUUUAGAAUUUGAUGAUGGUACAAUGCAUGGUUUACAUGCAUUUGAAAAUUAUAUUGGUAUAGUUAUACGUUAUGGACGUUAUUCAUCGAAACAAAAUGAAGAUUAUUGUUUAUAUAUAUAUGAUUCAUUACUUGAUAAAGAAUAUUAUCAUAUAGAUUUAAAAGAUGUUGGUUGUAUAACAUGUUUAACUGGUUAUGAACGUACAUUAGAUUGGUUAUUAUGUGAUUAUAAAAAACAACGACUUAUAUUUGUUAAUCAAGAAUCAAUUGAAUAUGUUCAAUAUAAUGAAAAUAUUAAUCAAUGUCUUAUAUUAAAUGAAUCAAAUCAUUUAGCUGUUUGGCUUUCUAAUCGUAUAUUAAUAUAUUCUAUUGAAUAG